CGACAGCACCGCUUUUCGGGCUUCUUGCGCGACAGUCCGUUGUUCGAGCUCUUCAAUCAGCGUGUUUGUUCAUCUUGCUGCGCUUCUUCAUACCUUCGAUCUCGACCACCACAGUCAGCCGCGCGCACCAUGAACUCCAAUCUCGAGGAGGCCGCGAACAUCGCCACAGAGUAUCUCUCCAGUCUGGAGAAUCUGCCCAACGAGGCACAGCAUAUCCUGGUGGAGAUCAAACAUCGGGACUCCAGGACCCAAGAGCUCGCUGAGGAGAUCCGAAAGGAGACCCAAAAGUAUUUCCGCCACUCGUCCAAGAACGCCGGCCAGGCACUUCCGGGCAAGGAUGCGGCUAUCCCGGACACAGUGAACACGCUCUACGCAGACCUAGAUGCCCUCGCUAUCGAAAAGACCGCCCUGUCGGAGCGGCUCGUGAGGCUCUUCGAGCGCGCCAUGGCCCGCUUGCAGCACGAUCUGCAGCGAAUACUGAAACUUCAGGGGGAGGAACCGGGCUUGCCCCCUACACAGCAGUUUCUAAGCAGUGUAGAAACGACGGUGCAACAGAUCCAGAGCUUACGGGCAGCAGCACAGGCGAUCGACGUCCCCGUGGCACCCACACCCGUCUCCGUUCCCCCUCCGCAGAAAAAGCGCAAGACCACGUCGUCAGCGGGUAGCAUCAAGCUGCCGAGCCCCGUCCCUGUCACAACCAGCGCCUACAACAACAAUGGGGCCAGCCAAAGGUCGGGUUUGUCCCGAGUGAUGCACCCGAGGCAGUCGCCAGUGCGCUCUCGCCGAUUCAACGCCUCGGCGGGGCUGGACGACGAAGACGCCGAGGGCGAAGAGGACGAAGGCGGCGAAGACGCCGGCGACACGGAAGACCAAGAGAUUUAUUGCUACUGCCAGAAGCUGUCCUAUGGAGAGAUGGUCGCCUGCGACAACGAGGACUGCAAAUACCAAUGGUUCCACCUCUCGUGCGUCAAUCUGAAGCCGCCGCUGCCAGACGUGUGGUACUGCAACGACUGCAAGGAGAAACUGGGCAUCCUGGACACGUACGCGCCACCCAUGUCGACGACGACGGGGGCGACAGGCGGCGGCCGGAAAGGGCGGAAGAAACAGUGAAUUCGUCUGGGUAUGUAUGUGAAACCCGACCUGCUGCAGGUGAAACGGACGGUGGGGGAGCGCCGUGCGGAUACGCAGAUGGCGCUGUCGGUCAUUAAGCUAGGUUUGGGGCAGGACACAGCCUGUGCGCGCCGCAUCUGGCCCCGAAGGCGAUUGGGGCGUGCGGGUGUGGUAUGAUACGCUGUAUCGAUU